AGUGAACCCAGAUCUGUCAAUGGAUCAAUAAAAUAUUUCUGCUCUCUUUAAUUUUCUCGAGUUGUUCAAAUGAUAAGUCGUUUCCGUUCAAUUAUUUAUAGUUCUUCUGGCUAGUCCGGUCCAUGUGUAAGGCAUGGAAAAGGAUGGCAUUUUCUCUUUUCAAUAAAAGACGAAAUCGAGAGAAAAGGGAUAAUCAAACAAACAGAGACGCGCACAACAAAUAAACAAACACAAAAAAGACCGCACGGCUAAUCAUAGACGACUAAACUUUGACUCCCGUCAUAACCAGAUCACACAUCAGUACAGCCUCGUCCCAUGUUCAACUAUUGAUAAAAAUGUUGGCAAGACGGUACUGGGUUCCUACUAAUGUACUACUACUGCUAGUGAUCUGCUGCACAAACAUAUCCAAAGCCCAGAACAUUACUCACUGUACUUCUUCAUGUGGUGAUAUUCAUAACAUCAGCUUUCCUUUUCGACUGGAAACAGAUCCCCAGAACUGUGGAGAUUACAGAUUCGAGCUUGCAUGCCAGAAUAAUCGUACCGUAAUAAGUUUGGAGUCAAGGAAAUAUUACGUGCGGGAAAUCAACUAUGAUAAAUACUUGAUCAGAGCAAUUGACCCUGAUUUACGGCAUCACCAGAUUAGCAGCAACUGCACUAAUCUUCCGAAAUACUUGGAUAUGUUAGCUCCUGCCACCUCAACUUUUCUGGAUGUUGGUUUGAAUAUUCCCAUUGUUUAUUUCAAUUGUUCAGCCCCUGCAGAAUUUCCCCGCUAUGUGGAAACAACUUUCUGUAGUUCACAGAACAAGACUUCUUAUUCUCAGAGUCAUAGCUAUGUCGCUAUUGGACAGGACAUGCCGGUUUCAGAUUUGGCAGAGAAUUGCAGCGUUAAAAUGGUUACCUGGGGUUCGGCUCAAGGGCUUUCAGGGGACAAUACUUCUCUAUCGAGCAUUCGUGCUUCCCUGACUUAUGGUUUUGAUCUUUCUUGGAAAGCUACCUACUUGUGCAGAGAAUGUGAUGUGGGUAUCUGUUCUGUUGAGGGCGAAUGCGACAGUUCCUGCUACCUUUUGAUGAAGCGAAUUCCCCUCCCUUGUGGCAUUUCCCUCGAUGGAAUUAAUGCAGUAGUACUUUCCGUAUUGUCUAUAGCUUCAUUUCUGGUUUUUCGAUUUCUCUGUGGAUUCAUUUUCCUGAUAGCCUUAAUAGUGUAUAGAUUGAGAAGACGACACUUAUCUAUAUAUCAAUCAAUAGAAGACUUCCUGCAAAUCCAGAGCAACCUCUUGCCAAUUAAAUACUCCUAUUAUGAGAUUAAGAAGAUGACUAAUAAAUUCAAGGAGAAACUAGGAGAAGGAGCCUAUGGAACUGUCUUUAAAGGAAAGCUGCGUAGUGGUCCUUUCGUUGCAGUGAAGAUGAUGCACAAAUCUAUGGCGUGUGGGCAAGAGUUUAUCAAUGAAGUUUCCACCAUUGGAAGGAUUCACCAUGUUAAUGUCGUGCAGCUUGUUGGAUUCUGUGUUGAGGGCUCAAAGCGUGCUCUGCUAUAUGAGUUCAUGCUCAACGGUUCCUUAGACAAGUACAUUGUUCCGCAAGAAGGAACUGUUUCCUUGACUUACAAGCAAAUGUUCGACAUAUCUCUUGGAGUGGCCCGUGGAAUUGAUUAUCUACAUCGGGGUUGUGACAUGCAGAUCUUACAUUUUGAUAUUAAGCCUCACAACAUUCUUCUUGAUGAAAAUUUCAACCCAAAAAUAUCUGACUUUGGGCUUGCGAAAUUGUACCCAACAGAUGAUAGUAUUGUCAGUCUAACUGCAGCAAGAGGGACACUAGGUUACAUGGCUCCCGAGUUGUUUUACAAAAAUAUUGGAGGAAUCUCACACAAAGCCGAUGUUUAUAGUUAUGGCAUGUUGUUGAUGGAAAUGGCAGGUCGAAGGAAGAACAUGAACCAAUUCGCAGACCACUUAAGCCAAAUUAACUUUCCUACCUGGGUAUACGACCAAUUCAGUGUUGGAAAUGAUAUAGAGAUGCAGGAUGCUAGCGAGGAAGAUAGGAGGAUGGUAAAGAAAAUGAUGAUUGUGGCUUUAUGGUGCAUACAGAUGAAGCCUACUGAUCGUCCUGCCAUGAACAAAGUUGUUGAAAUGCUUGAAGGAGAUGAAGAUGUCCUACAAAUGCCCCCAAGGCCUAAUGCUGGGGGUGUUAUUGACACAAUAAGAGUAUCCAGCGAUGUCUAGGUGGCUAACUUACCAGGUCGUGCAGACCAUGGUCAUAAUGUACUUAAAACUUUUUCUCUUUAGCUGGUGAUUGACCUUUUCGAGGAUAACAUCAUUGCUGUAAUUGUUAUUUCGAGAAAAUGAAUGCGAUCUUGAUUUCUAA